AUGUUAAGCCUAGUAAUAUUACUAUUAUUGAUAUCCCGUCAAUCAUUUUCAUUACCUGAUCAAUCUCAAUCUUGUGUUACUAAUAUGAAUAUUCCCUUUACGGGAUAUAAAAUUGAAUACCAACUAAAUCUUCAAAAAUUUGAAGGAAGUUAUCAUUUGCUUUAUUGUAACGAUAAUAAAUUAUUAUACGAUGUCAAUUUAAAUAAUUCAAUUCCUUGGACAUUACCCAUAAAUUUUAGUUCAUUAUCGUCUGAAAAUUCUAAUACUUUAGUUCUUGCUCGUCGUAAAUCUUUUGCAUUAAGAAGUAUUCCCAUUUUUAUGCCAAACACUUUGAUUGGAUCAUUAUAUUAUGGAGAAAGUUUAGAUAAUAUUCAAUUCAGACCAUUGAAUAAUACCUCCAGUUUACAAUCAAUUCCGUUAUUAGCGUCAAAUAUAUUCCGCAAUUGGGUAGAAUUGAAUUAUAAAUUAAAUUUUAUUUAUCAUGUACCGAUAUUGACCACUCCUGGUGUCGACUCUAAACGAUUUAAUUUUGGGUUUUUUGAGAGUAACAAAAUUGAAAAUAAUUGGAAUAAGUAUAUAUCCAUUCAAGAAGAUUAUAAUUAUAAUUAUGAUUCUCGAGUGUUUAUUAGACAUGCAAUUGAUAAUGCGUUGGGUCAUGUGAGUUUGAUGAUUAACGGUAGCAAAUUAUUAAGAUGGAAAUUUAAUCAAAUAAAUAUCAGUGGCAAGGAAACAGCGAUUGGCGAUAAAAUAUGGUGGAAAUUUAUUCUACUAUCGAGAGUGAUGAAAGAGGACGUGUUUGCAAAUAUGAUUCGAAAAUUUGAUGGUUUUUUCAGAUACUAA